ACGUAAAAGGAUUUUAUUUGUACCGUUACCGACCCGCGAACGGUCAAUAUUCCACCGAUAAAACAUAGAAUAUCAUGAUGAAACAGCGAUUAAUCCAUAUUUUCAUACUAUUUCUAUGUAUCAAUGAAAAGAACAUGGCAGUGACAAACUCCACCCGUUCUCUCGAUGUUAAAGUAUGGAAUGACAGCACGCAAGGAACGAUAAAUACCACAAAUGAUAUUUAUUCAACACAGACAUCUGCAUUAAGCGUUCUUGCAACAAAAGGUACAGCCAUUCCUACAUCACAAAAUGUCUACAAAACAAAGGAUGAUGAAUCUCGAAACAUUAGUACAGCGGCAACUGCCUCCAGGAAAAGCGACACGGGAUCGUCUUACAAUGCUCCUCAAAAUCCUCAAAAUAGUACAUCAAAAUUAUAUCAACCAACAGGUAUUUCACUCGAUACAACGACGGCUUUUAUCAAUGCAACAGGAUCAUACAAACAAAAUACUCUUCGAACUGAGGAAAUGAGCAAUACCAAUGGCAACAAAGUUAGAACAUUCGCACCCAAUAUUACUCUACAAAUUAUCACCAUGAUCAACGCAACACAACCAGUUAGUAUAACUCCCAAAAUAACUCUACAAACUACUAUUAACGCAACCCAAUCACCUAUAGUAACAUCUAAUAAAACUCAAACAGCUAUCUUCAUCAUUAACGCAACUGAAUCUAGUGGUACUAAAAUAAGCGCAACUGAAUCACCCUCUCUCGCUAUUAAUAAAGCAACGCAUUCACUUGGGGUCACCCAAAAUUCUUCAUCAUCAGCUGUAGCUACUAAACGAACUGAACCACACAGUAUAACACUUAAUAGAACUGAAACAAUUAUAACCAUUAUCAAUGAAACUGGAUCACUUGGCAUAACACCGAAUGGAACUCAACCAACUAUCACUGUUAUUAACGCAACUGAAUCACUUGAUGACACACCUAAAAGUUCACAUCCAACUAUAACUAUUAUCAAUGCAACUGAGUCGUUUAGUAUAACACCCAAUAGAACUCAACCAAAUCUAAACAUUAUCAAUGCAACUCAAUCACUUCUUAUAACCCCUAAUAAAUUUCCACCAACCAUCACCACCAUAAAUGCAACUGAAUCGCGUAAUGUAACACCCCAUAGAACCCAACCAACUAUAAGCAUUAUCAAUGCAACUGAAUCACUUGUUAAGACACCCAAUGGAACUCAACCCACUAUAACCAUAAUAAAUGCAACUGAAUCACUUAGUAUAACAACCAAUGUAACUCAACCAACAAUAACCAUUAUAAAUGCAACUAAAUCACUUGCUGCUCCACCCAACAGUUCACAACCAACCAUAACCAUUACCAAUACAAAUGAAUCACUAGACAUAACACCAAAUGGAACUCAACCAACUAUAACCCUUAUCAAUACAACUAAAUCACUUAGAACUCAUUCAUCUAUAACCAUGAUGAAUGCAACUGAAUCACUUGGUAUAACACCUAACAGUUCACAACCAACUGUAGCCAAUAUCAAAGCAACUGAAUCACUUAGUAUGAAACCCAAUAUAACUCAAACAAAAAUAACCAUAAUAAAUGCAAACGAAUCACUUGGUGUUACACCCAACAGUUCACAACAAACUGUAACCAUAAUCAAUGCAACUGAAUCAAUUCCUAUAACACGCAAUGGCACUCAACCAACUGUAACCAUUACUAAUGCGUGCCAAUCACUUGCUAUAACACCACUAGCAACUGAAUCACUUGGUGUUAAACCCAAAAGUUCACAAGCAACAGGAACAAUUUCCAAUGCAACUCAACCACUUCGUAUAACACCCAAUGGAACUGAACCAACUAUUGCCAUUAACAACGCAACCGACUCACUUAGUAAAACAACCAAUAAAACUCAAAACACCAUAACCGUUAUCCAUUCAACUAAAUCACGUGCCGUAACACCCAAGGGAACUCAAACAACCACAACCAUAUUUAAUGCAACUGAAUCACUUGUUAUGACACCCAAUGGAACUCAACCAACUAUUACCAUUAUCAACACAACUGAAUCAUUUAGUAUAACACCAAAUAAAACUCAAACAACUAUAACCGUUAUCAAUGCAACUGAAUCACUUAGCGUUACACCCAACAGUUCACAACCAACUGUAAGCGUGAUAAAUGCAACGGAAACAAUUCGUGUUACAGCCAACAGUUCAAAACCAGCUUUAACCAUUAUCAAUGCAACUGAAUCACUUGGUAUAUCACCCAAUAAGACUCAUAUAACUAUUGCGAUUGUCAAUGCAACGGAAUCACAAGUAUGA